ACAAUACGCAAAGGAAUGUCGCACGAUCUCUGCGUGCGCAUACCGCUCAGAUCCUCAAUAGUAUGGUUGUCUGUUCUUUCAGCCAGUAAAUCCCUCAAAAUGGACCUGAUUGAGGGUAGAGUUCGGUAUCGGAAAGGAAAAAAGUGGAAGAUUCGAUGGGCUGUUUUGAGACGGGUGAAUCCAGCGACUGAUGUGUUGAAUCUUGUGCUGUACCCUGAUCGUCAUUCAGAUCAGACAAAUGCAGGAGCUCGUCAUAAGGCCCUGCUUUCCCUUAAGGGGUUUAGUGGAUUACAGGUGCUCAACAAGAUGGACAAACACUUCAAUGUGAUCGUCAUUAUAACAACAGAAGAGGUGAUUCCUCUAAGCUUUGAGACAAUAGACCAAAGAGCAGACUGGCUGGCACUGCUUCAAGGCCAUUUUGGGAAAGAAAAAUCCUUUGAGGGUAUUGUGCCACACAAGCAGAAGAUCAAAGCUGGAGAAGCUCACCUGCGCUUUUAUGCCACUUUCUUCUCUCUCACCAAGAAAGACAGCUAUCGUCUCAUUGGUCACUGGAAGUUUACAGCAUUACCCAAGUAUGGUGCUGUGGAAGCAGGUUUUGCCUUCCAGGCUAGCCAGGAGUCCCAGUCAGGGGAUAAACUUAUGACUUACUUCUUUGCCACUCGAGCUGGAAAGGAGAUACAUUCAUUAUUUGACAGUGUGUGCAGAGCAGGAGAGGUGGUUCCAGGUCAAGAAUGUCUAUCAGACUCAAGUCAGCCUGGCACCAGCGAGGAAGACGACAGGCGACCAGGGUUUCUCAGGCGCGCCUGGCUUCGCAUGAGCGGCAAGCGGUCGCAUAAAGGGAAAGCACCCAGACCAAGGAGCAUGAGCAUGCCAUCCUCAAGCCAUGGGAAGAAAAGCAAGGCUGAAAGUACCGAGCAGAGAUUUCCAAUAGAGGCAGAAAAGUCUUUGGUACGGAGAAAUGAGUCUGUACCCUCGAACAUAGGAGCCGGUCGAGAUCACGCCGAUAGUUUUAAUGAAGUAUUUUUGAAUGGCGAAAAAAAUGCUGCAGUCUCUCCCAAAAACCCACCCCCCGGUUACAAGAAUAUACCCGGGGUGACACCCGAGGGAUAUGAAGUAAUGGAACCGGCGGAUGACGAGGCCUUGACAGGUAGGAAAAGCAGCGGGGGAUCUGGUACCCCGCGCAAGAAAUCACAGGGGAAACGUCAGAGUGGACCGGAAAACGAUAAAAUUGAUGGCGUGGAAGGAUACGUCGAAGUAGAAGGAAGAGAUGAAGAACUACUUGAAAAAAUAAGGACAAACUCAUAUGCAAAGGAAAAACGCGGAGACUCUGUCGAGAGAACUUCCCGCGGGUCAGAGGGUGGGAAGAAGAAGUCCUCUGCUUCAGAGAAACGACAAAGCGAUCAAGUUGCAAACAUUGUUAUUAAAGAAGAGCAGGAGGAAGAGGAUGUGAGGAAAAAAUCCGAAAUUGAAAAUCAACGAGCGUCGAAAGGAGGAGGGCAGUGUCAAAUAAUUGUCACUCCUUGUACUGAAACCGACGAAGAAAAACUUAAAAAUGGAAGAGAAGAGAUGACGAAUAAUGACGACGUGUUUCUUCCAGAGGGAACCAAAACUGUACGUGACACAAGUGAUAAUGCUGAUAAAAAUCCUGACUACGUGAAUGGUGACAUUACACUUAACAAUGCAAGUGUGAAAGCGGUCGGAAAACAUGUGAAUGGAACCUCCGGUAGUGUGUCUACGCGUCGCGGUAUGAAGAACCCGCCAAGCCUUUCUCUUCAGCCAACCUCAACUGCUGGCAGUGCUGAGCACCUUUACGUGAAUUCGCCGAAAGUCGUCGAUUAUGUUAAUGUCAAAGGUGCCCGUGCAAGCCCUGGCUUGAGAUCCCGCGCGAAAACGGGCGUAGCAAAGACUGGUACGAGCAGUAAAUCAAAAUUGAACCCGUACGAAAUAUAUGAUGGCAACGAUGAUUCGAUUUACCAUAGUGUGGAAUCGCUAAUGCCUUCACAUCCGGGCUAUCGAAAUGUCAUGAAUAACGAUCCCUCGCGAAGUCACAGUUUUGAAAACAUCGCCGGUCAUUCGUACGCAAACGUGUUGGGUGGGCUUCCCUCCUAUAAAACCAUGGGGCAUAUGGAUCGAAAGUACGUGAAUGUCGUUUCACAGCAGAAUCAGGGAAAUUUAAACUAUAUAAAACUGGACGGUGUAGAUUCGUUUCAAGGGGCCAGUCCUUUUGCGAGUACGUCGCCAAAAUCGGCCAAGCCGUCGAGCGAUUAUACUUGGAUCGACGAGCGAAAAACUAAACUUUUGGCGGACACAGCGAAAUUGCACUCUGAAAGAAGGCAGGAGAAUCUGCCGCGGGUCAUGAAGAAAUAAGUUUGUAAAUAGUUCUUGCGAAAAAAAAGGUUCCAGCUCCCCGCAUGGCUUGGAAAAGACGCGGGAAAACGCGCGCGAAAAUGUACACGCAAUACUUAGGUGGGAAGCGGGACGCACGCGAAAAUCGUCUCUCCCCAAAAUCGUUAUUCCCCAGCGGGGGGGGGGGUUGGGGGGAAUGCCCGUGUCCGUCUGAUUGGCUUCCCCACGCACAGCGUCCUAUGGAAGGUGGUUAGUAAGCUUGAGAUUAUUUUUAUGUAAAGAGACAAAACAUUAAAUUCUCGAAACUAACAUUAGAAACUAUGAAGUAAACAAUUAGAGAAAUAAACUCAUCGGUUUUUACCUAGGAAAUUAUUAUCAUCGGAUCAAUGAUUUAGGAAUUUUUUUACCUAACAGUUGUGAAAGUUCUUGUUUUCCAGCUCGGAGGUCAAUCAGCUGUGAAAAAAAACUUAUGGGUCACCCAGAUGUAGUAUUGCUUUAUUAUGGUCCAGUAACGAUUUUUAUAGGGGUUGUUAAUUUUACAUUCAAUCCCAGAGCUCCAACAAAGAAUGAUUGUAACUUUGCAUGCAUUCAGCUCCUAGGUUACACUGAUUGAACAUGGGAACAUUCUUUUGUAGUAAAAAAAAAAAGAAAGAAAGAAAGACGAACAACUGAGUUUUAUUAAAGAUGUUGCAGAUUUUGCGAUGUG